CCAAAUAAAACCUACUCCAAGUGCGGCGCGGGCGGGGCGUUUUUCGUGAAAAUCUACGCACGAAACGGACUUUUCGUAGUUUCCCGAUAGUAGCAUCCGUUUGUUUUGUUCUCUUUUUUUUCUGUUCGCCCGCCAUUCGAUCAAUGAAGUGCCAUUUAGUCGAUUGUGAUUCUGGGUGAUUCACCGCCGAUGCCAAACAAGAGGAAACACCUUCCUCUCCUCCGCUCCUUUUCGUGUGUGGUGUGUAGUGUGUGGGAAGGAGUCCCGACUGCAAUGCACUCGGCGCAGCAACAACAGAGCUAACGCCGCUUAGUGACGCAAAAAUAGGAAUCAGAGCUAACCCAUUUAAAGGAUUAGGCCGUGGAACAGCAAUAGGCAGCUGCCUUGCUGUAAAGUGCAAUAAAUUUCGAAUCGCAUUUGCAUUCGCAGUUGGGGGAACUCAAAUUCGAGUUGGAGUUGGAGUUGGAGUAGGCGUAUUGGGCAAGAGCGUGCGAGCGAGAGGGAAGAAGUGCAUGUGUGUGAGUGCAUAAACUCCAAAUUGUGUGUUCGGCCUGCUUCGGUUUCUGUUCGGUUAUCGUGUUCGGUAUUUCGCCCACGCAGCAGGGGAGGCAACAACAGCAACACAACAACUCCAUCGAGCGAGAGAGCGGGAGAGCAAGGAAGCAGCGGGCUCCAGCGAAAAUGCAUGGGACACCAAGCACAAGGCACAAAGACAAAGUGCAGAGUUAGCUAAAAAAGAGAGAGAACACAAACAGAAAUCGGAAUCGGAAUAGCGGUUAACGGGUCCCUUGUACUGCGAAUCGUUGAAACUCAAGACGGAUCGUUAUCGCAUUUCUUAAAUUUCUUCAAUUAUGCCGAACUUUGGUGCUGCAUCUGCGUCUGUUUCUGCUGCUACUGCCCCCACUUCUUCUACCCCCACUGUUUUCCUUUCUGUUUCUGUUUCUGUGCAAUAAGCGAUCAUCGCAGCAGCUAACAAACAAAGAAAGGGAGGAGGAAACGAGGCAGCGAGCCUGCUAGGAGAGCACUCUCAAUUGACUGAAGACUCCCACUCCCGCGCCCCCUACUCCUACUCAUUGGCCUGUACUAUGGAUUGUGGUGGUCUUGCGGCUCAACAACACCAACAACAACAACAGCAGCAACAACAACAAAAUCAGCAACAACUCUCACUCCAGCAACAACAAAAGGCUCUCAGUUGCCUUGAGGAAGCAGCAACAAUAACAAAUAUCAACCUAAAAAGCAUUUUGGUGGGCAGUGCUGCCAGCGGGGCAGGAGCCGCAGGAGCAGGAGCAGGAGCCGGAGACUCCCCUGCGGGCGUGGGCGCGGCCGCGGGCGUAAAGCUGCGCAGGCACAGCGACCGACCCUUGACCGGCGAGGCCAGCAUUCAGCAGUCGCACACCUAUCGCAUCUCCAUGGCCAACCUGGAGGACACGCAGGAGUCGGAGCUGGACCAGAUCCUGGGCGAACUGAGCCUGCUGGAGCACCAGAUAAGCUACGACCAGGCGACGCUCCUGCUCGGAGGGGCGGGAGGAGCCGCCAACAUGUCGGCCGGAGCCGUUCGUCCUGGGCUUCCGGGCAGCGGCGGCGUUAAUCCGAUGCCGUCCAUGUCGGCCGCCUCGUCGCGCUCCCACUCGCGCACCAACAGCACCAUCUCGGCGGACGUGAGCAGCUGCUCCUCCUCGGGAGUCUCCGAGAACGGACACAACAGCAGCGGGGGUGGCGGAAUGAUGGGCAGCCUCCAGACGCCGCCGCCGCCGCCCCUGCCUCUGGCCGGCAUGACGAUGGGCAUCACGCUGGGCGUGGUGACGCCCCGGGAGCCGCGCACCGAGUCCCCCGACAACGACUCCGCCUUCAGUGACACUGUCUCCCUGCUGUCCAGCGAGUCGUCUGCUUCCUCGAACGCCUCCCUGCAGCAGCAGCAGAUCCAGCAGCAGCAGCAGCAGAUGCAGCAGCAGCUGGGCGGAGGAGCUGCGCACGGGCACCGCGGCCAGGUAGCCAGGAACGGCAACAACAUCUCCAAGGCGGCCAAGAUCCAGCUGGCGCUCCACAAGCUGGAGCACCCCUCCAUCCGGAGGCUGUUCGUCAAGGCGUUCACCGCCGACGGGGCCUCCAAGUCGCUCCUGGUGGACGAGCGCAUGAUCUGCGGCCACGUGAUCCGCCUCCUGGCCGACAAGAACCACGUUCAGAUGCAGCCCGUCUGGUCGCUGGUCGAGCACCUGGGAGAUCUUCAGAUGGAACGCCUCUUCGAGGACCACGAGCUGCUGGUGGACAACCUGAUGAACUGGAACUCGGACGGAGGCAACCGCGUGCUCUUCCAGCAGCGGUCCGACAAGGUGGCGCUGUUCGCCCGCCCGGAGCUGUACCUGCCGGGCCCCCAGAUGGCGCCCGGCUGCCAGCACGACGAGCAGACCCGCCUCAUGCUCCUCGACGAGUUCUUCGAGGCGCCCGUCCAACCCGCCUUGCAGCUGGACGGCCCCCUCUACAUGAAGGCCGACCCGAAGAAGGGCUGGAAGCGCUACCACUUCGUCCUGCGCACCUCCGGCCUCUACUACUUCCCCAAGGAGAAGACCAAGAACGCACGCGACCUGGCCUGCCUGACGCUCUUCCAGGGCCACAACGUCUACACCGGACUGGGCUGGCGCAAGAAGUGGAAGGCGCCCACGGACUUCACUUUCGGCUUCAAGGCGGCGGCGGACUCCUCGCUGGGCAAGUCCUGCCGCUCCCUGAAGAUGCUCUGCGCCGAGGACAUGCCCACGCUGGACCGUUGGCUGACGGCCAUCCGGGUGUGCAAGUACGGGAAGCAGCUGUGGCUCAGCCACAAGAUGCUCCUGGAGGACCUCUGCCUGGGUGGCGGCAACGGCACCGGCCCCGGCGGUCGCGCCGACGGCGAUGCCGUGUCCCAGUCCAGCUUCGCCGUCUCCAUGCGCAGCGAAUCGAUCUCGAGCAUCUCGUCGGCGGUGCCUUCGCAGUGCGGCAGCGUCUCCUCGGCCAUCAGCAGCAUGUCCUCGACGAUCUCGACCAGCGGCCGCACCUCGCGCGCCUCCAGCAGCAGCUCCAGCGGCUGCCUCUCCGACGAUAACAACGGCUUCGACUCUGAGUUCACCACCGGGACCAUCAAGCGCAAGCCCUCGAUGAAGCCCAACCUGCCGCUGACCACCAUGACGCGCCAGCUGAAGGAGGUGGGCGAGAUCACCAUCUGCGAGAGUGCUGGCGGGGACGCGGGCAGUUCCCCGGAGAGAAGCGGCACCCUGACGCGUCGCCACAGUCGCCGCAAGUCGCAGGAGAGCAACGGCAGCGGCACCCUCAAGCGCCGCCCAGUUCCGGUUGUGAAACAGCAGCAGCAGCAGCAAGUGGCGGAGCCGGUUGUACUGGGAGGCAGUGCCUCCUCCAACUCGUCCAGCAGCAACUCGACGCCCACGCCCACGCCUAGCAUUUGUGCCAAGCCGCCGCCCGGCGAUGUGGCCUCGAUGAUGUGUUCCUCCACCCUGUCCCUGGACUCGCUGCCGCCGCCGCCCCCUCCGGUCGCCUUCGAGGGAGCCGACGAGCAGGAUGUGUACGGUUCUCAGCUAUCGCUGGCCUCACUGCCGCCACCUCCGCCGCCCGAGGACGUGCUGGCCAUGACCUAUGCCGCCGGGCCGCCCAGUCCGGCCACGCCCACGAACAUGAAUCCGGCGCCUCUGGGCAUGAUGGGAGUGCCCAACAGCAACGGCGCUUUGCCGCCGGCCGUCCCGGCCAAGCCUGUAAAGCCCGCCGGAGUGCUGAAGGCUGCUCCGCCGUACAAGGCGCCUCCCGACUACGUGGGUCCCGCCCAGCAGCAGCAGAUGCAGGCUGGUCCGCCGCUGCCGCCGCCGCCGCCCGCCCAGAAAAAGGUAUCCUUCGCGGACUCGCCGGUGCUGCUGCGCCGGAAGAUGUGCUCCCCGGAACCGGUGCUGCCCCAGCGCUCGCCCAGCACCACGCUGAGCUGUCACUCGAGCGUGUCCAGCGGCGGGUCCGGAUCCGCCUACCACAUCUACGCCCCGGGGCCAAUGCUGCCGCCGCGCACGGACCUGGCCCGCCUCUCCAGCCAGAGCAACGGCAGCAGCAGCGGUGAGGUGACGUCGCCGAAGCGCCUGCAGGAGUCGGCCUCGAAUCCGCCGCGCGACUUCCUCAAGGAUCUGCAGCGGGUGAUGCGCAAGAAGUGGCAGGUGGCUCAGAAGUGCAAGCUGGAGCCAGCCACCACACCGCACGAAGUGCUGGGCUUCCGCGACUUCAGCAACGAGGACCUCCUGGCCGCCCACAACCUCAAUUCGGGGGCGAACUCGUCGCACUACUACCGGGAGACGGCCAACGUGAGCCACUGGGUGCGGGAGCACUACGAGUACGCCCACAACGCCCUCUACGAGAACGUGCACGGCCAGACGAAUGGCGCCGGCCAGGUUGGGGCCAAUCCGAUGGUCAACAUGGCCAUGAACCCAGGCGCAGGCGAUGCUGCCGGCUCCCCGCCGCCACCGCCGCCGCCCGCCAUGGGCGCGGCCAAGAAGCGUCCGCCGCCACCGCCUCCGAAGCGCAGCGACAAGACGCACCUCACCAACCGGGUGUAAGAAGCAGUGCAGACACUUGGACAUUCUUUCACUAAAAGGAAGGCCUUGUCGGCAGGCAGAGCGAGAAGAAUCAUAAAAUUCCUAUUUACGUUUACGGAGCGCAACAUUAAAAGAACACGACCUCGAACACACUAUUGGUACGCGUCGCGUACGACUAUAUAUAUCUACUAGGGAUAUAUGCUAUCGCCACGCCCACUUCUCUCACACAAGUAUUAUACACAAAUCGGAGAAUCAAACUCAUCCCCGUCGUAGCCCAUUCGAUUCUCGCUUCAAGAGCCAUUCGGAAUAUCAGAAGGAAGGAGGAGCGGACUCGAUCGUCAGCUCGUCUGUCUUAGAGAAAAUAUUUAAGCUAAAUUUUAGAUUGUAAAAAGCGAGAGCAACCUAUAUUGUAAUGAAUUUUUUUUAACGAUAGUGCAUUAUUUUACAAAAAUAAUCAAACGAGCGUCAGAUUAAGUGUACAUUGUUUUCGAUUACGAUUUCUAUUUCUAUUCUUCAUUCGCAUUUGUUUUUAGUUGCUAUUCGGUUUUUAAACUCAUCAUCUCUUGUUUUAGUUGCGAUUUCUUGUAUCCGAUAGUAGACGUUCUUCAGGCGCAUGAAAUGAGCUGCGCUAGCAAUGGAAAGCCUUAUAAAUGAUAUAAGAAUCCCGAAUGUAUAACCCCUCAUAUAAGCUUCUAAACUCAUAUUUCUGUUAUCAAAAAGCCUCGUUUGAUCCUUGAUUCGAAACUUGAGCCCCACAUAGAUUAGCCAAGUUCAUCCAUAGCGAAGAGUGUAUCUUCUCAUUGUACUUAUAGGCCCGGAUCAACAAGCGGAUCAGCCAUAAAGUCCUUUUCCCUAAGAAUACAAUGUGGGAUAUGCAUAUCCAAACUAAAGUAUGUUAAAGGCAAUAAGCGCGAGGGAAUUAUUUCUGUACACAAAUCAAACAUUAAUUGUAAUAAUUGUAACAGUAGGCAUUAGUUUUGCUGAUUUUCGGUUCAUAUCUGUACGUAUAGCAAAGAAAAUAAAUGCCUUCGGCCUUGGUAGUUGUAAUCGCGGCUUUCAACUCUCAUUAACUGUUUUGUGUGCGUUCUUUGUAGUAACUUGUUUGCCAUUUGUUUUGUGUGAUUGUGUACAGCAGGAGACAGCCAUAUACCUAUGAUAAAUAGACGAUUACGAACCAUAGUCCUGAAGCACAAGCUAGCAGUCUAAGCUUGCUUCUGGGUCUUUUGUUAUCGAACCAUGAUCGAGCCCAUAAAUCGACUAACCUCCAGCUAUCCUAGUAAAGUGUUCAGCCCCCUCCCAGCCUUGUUUUUGUUCCUCGUCCUCUGUCAUAUAUCCUCACACACGCAUACCUAUCUAAGUGAAUAUUAAUGUAACUGUACGUUUUUUUUUAAAUAAAUUAUGGUGAAUUCGCAUUUUACUUUCCUACAUAAACAGAACUAAAGGGUAUUAUGCAUAUAGAUCUAGACUCUAGAGAUAAAACAAACAUACUUGACUAAAGGAAAUGCCAAUUUUUUAAAGCUUGAAUUUAUAUAAAAUAUAUAUGAAGAUAUUUUUUAGAAACUAUACGCUAUAUAUAUAUCUAUAUAUGUAGUAGGAGUGCAAGGAUGUGCCAUAGGCGCCGUCUUCACGAAAGGAAUACUUUGCAACAUUUUUUGCUAAAUAAAUGAACUAAAAUCGAAGUGAAUACUUAGACACUAAGUCGGAAAACAGAGCAUAAAGAAGGGGCUUAAAUCAAAGCUAAUGAAGUAUAUGAUAUAUGGUAUUAUAUAUGCAUAUGGGAAGGCCAUGGAAGUGGAAGCUAGAAACUUACUUAACGCUUAAACUAAAAACGAGCAUUUUAAGGAUCAUUUUGUUUGCCAUCUUACGAGAAUAUUAUUUAUUUUAUUUGUUUCCGUUCGUUUGCUUACAUACAUAUAUUAAAUAUUUGAAUUUCAAUGUAUCGAUAAAAGUGAAUUAAUUAAGUAAAGCAAUGUUCUUACAAAACGGACAGGAAAUCAAACAGAAUGCAGAAUCCUAAUUAUAUUGAAUAAGCGAAAAGUUAAAAAAAAAUAAAAAUAAAAAACAAUUUGCAGCCACA